AUGAGUGAUAAUCCAGAGACAUCAAGACCAAAACGACAAAAAGCUGGGCAGACAAGUCGUUUUGAAGCAUUAGCAAAAUUGAAAAAGCUCAAAUCUGAUGGAACUAAGCAUAAAUAUGAAGUGGAACCAAUGCAAAAUGUAUAUGAAGAAAUUUCAGAACAAGAAUACACAGAUAGGGUGGUUAAACGACAACAGGAUAAUUGGAUUGUUGACGAUUAUGAUGUUGACGGAUAUGUUGAAGAUGGAAGAGAAAUUUUUGAUGAUGAUUUGGACGAGGCAUCUAUUGUCAAAGAAGAAAAAAAAGGAAGAGGUAAAAAAAGAAGUAGAGCUGAUAAAAGUUUUGAUGAAGAUCUUCCCUCUUCAAAUAGGGAUAUCCAGAAAAUGUUUGCUAAUAUGCCUAUAAAAAAAAAAAAAGAGGUGCCAGUUAAUUUAGACGAAGAUGAUAUUCUUGAUGAUUUAAUUCAAGAAUUAGAUAAACCAGGAAUUACGAGGACUCCGCAAUUAGUUCAUAAUAAAGUUACAGAAAAAAUAAAGAGAGAAAAUCAAACCAGAGGAUAUUUAGAAUCAUUUUCCACUGUGUUAAAAUCUCCUUGGACACCUGUUAAUAAUAUUAUUAUAAAAACAGAAAAUACCGAUGAAAACAUAGAAAGUCCAAGUUCUAAAUUAAAUGAUUCCAAUGAUGUAAAUAAAAACAUUCCUCAAGCUAAAGAACUUAAUGCAGAACCAAUAAAAAAACCUGAAUUGACAACGGAAAAUUCCAUAAAGCAAGAAUUAUUUGAUGAAAGUAUGGAUGACUGUAUUGAAGAUUUUGAUUUUGAAGAAGCUAUCCAGGCGGAAAAAAGUUUUAUGGAACUUACAGAAUUAAGUGUGAAAAAAGAGUUAACAAAAACGGAAAUUAAAAUUGACUUUGAAGAUACAAAGUGGCCGAUUGAAAAUGUUAAAGAAGAAGAACAAGUUGCUUUACCACAUGACGUUUCCUCUAAACUGCCUUUGACAUCAGAUAAGAAUGGAACUCAAGUUUUUCGUUUUUAUUACUUGGAUGCAUUUGAAGACGUGUUCAAACAACCUGGAGUUGUAUUUCUUUUUGGCAAAGUAAAACCUGUUAAUGUUGAUACAUAUGUAAGCUGUUGUGUAGUAGUUAAAAAUAUUGAAAGAAGAAUGUUUCUACUUCCAAGAAAUACAACAUCUGACAAUGAAGAAGUAAAAAUGGUUGAUGUAUAUAAUGAAUUUAAUAAUCUCACUGACAAGUACCAAAUACAAAAUUUCAAAUCACGCAAAAUUACUAAAAAAUAUGCAUUUGAUCUAGCUGAUGUCGCAGAUGAGAGUGAAUAUUUAGAGAUAAGAUAUUCUGCUUCCCAUCCACCUUUGCCUGAAGAUUUAAGUGGUAAAACAUUUAGCAGAGUAUUUGGUACUAAUACUUCAUUCUUAGAGCUUCUGCUCUUAGAUCAAAAGAUUAAAGGACCCUGUUGGUUGGACAUAAAAAUUCCUCAACUUUCAAAUAGUCCUAUGAGUUGGUGCAAAAUCGAGGUAUUGUGUUUAGAUAUGAAAAAUAUACAAUUGGCACCUACUGCUUCACCACCACCGAUAGUUAUAAUGACUUUAAAUCCAAGAAUUACAUAUAACAGAAAAACCAAACAAAAUGAAAUAAUAAUUAUAAGUUGUUUGGUGCAUACACAUUUCCCAAUAGAUCAAGCUCCACCGUCUCAUCAACAUAAUCAGUUUUUUUGUGCAAUUUCACGACCAAGUAACAUUCCAUGGCCAGUUCGAUAUCAAGAAGAAUUGAAAAAAUGUGGAGAUCCUUCUAAAAUUAUAAAAAUGGAUUCUGAACGAGCAUUGCUAACUUUUUUUCUUGCCAAGUUGUCCAAAAUUGAUCCAGAUAUGAUAAUUGGACAUGAUAUAUGUAGUUACAUAUUAUCCACACUUGUAGGCCGUUUAGAAGCAAAUAAAAUACAAAACUGGUCAAAAAUAGGUCGUCUUCGCAGGACUUUAUUUCCCAAAAAAGGGAAAUUUAUGAGUGAAAAAAGUGUGCUCAGUGGCAGAUUGAUUUGUGAUACUCAAAUUUCUGCAAAAGAAUUGAUUAAAGCAAGAAGCUAUGAUUUAUACUCAUUAUCCGAACAGAUUCUCAAUGUCAAAGAAAAUGAACAGUUUAAUUUAUCUGAUGAUGAAGUUAGUUAUAUGUAUUGUUCAGCUGUAUCUUUAAUGCAGCUCAUCAAAUUUACAAUUAUGGAUACUUCAUGCAUAAUGCGACUUAUGUGUCAAAUGAAUGUACUGCCUUUAGCACUUCAAAUAACUAAAGUUGCUGGAAAUUUACUAUCCAGAACCCUAAUUGGUGGUCGUGCAGAAAGGAAUGAGUAUCUACUAUUGCAUGCCUUUAAUGAAAAAGGUUAUAUACUCCCUGAUAAACAGUAUAAAAAAAGAUCAACAAAUAAAAAUGAAGAUAAUGUAGAAGAAGAGAAUACUAAAAAAAAUGGACGUAAAAAAGCUCAAUACUUAGGAGGUCUUGUACUUGAUCCAAAAAUUGGUUUUUAUGACAAAAUGAUAUUAUUAAUGGAUUUCAAUUCACUUUAUCCAAGUAUAAUUCAAGAAUACAAUAUUUGCUUCACUACAGUUAGCUUUCGAACAUUGCUUGCUCAAGAGGGUGAUGAUGAAAUAGCUGAAUUAUUGAAAUUAACUCCAAAUCAAUCUGUUGCUCGUGGUAUUUUACCUGCCGAAAUUAAGUCGUUGGUGGACUCACGAAGAGAAGUAAAGAAGUUAAUGAAUGAUCCAAAAAUAUCAGCUACACUUAAAGAGCAGUAUAAUUUGAGGCAAACUGCACUCAAACUUACAGCCAAUAGUAUGUAUGGAUGUUUGGGAUUUACUCAUUCCCGUUUUUAUGCUAAGCCAUUGGCUGCAUUAAUUACCGCUAAAGGAAGAGAAAUAUUAAUUAGUACUAAAGCAUUAGUUGAGAAACUAUCAUUUGAUGUUAUAUAUGGAGAUACAGAUUCAUUAAUGAUCAACUCAAACUGUGUUGACUAUGAUCAAGUUAUGAAAUUUGGUUAUAAAAUUAAAGCUGAAGUCAAUAAAAUGUACAAACAAGUGGAAUUAGAUAUUGAUGGCAUUUUUAAAUACAUGUUGUUAUUGAAAAAAAAAAAAUAUGCUGCUAUUUCUAUAUCAAAACUUCCCUCAGGUGAAUUUAUAACUAAGGAAGAGAUUAAAGGGUUGGAUAUUGUAAGAAGGGAUUGGUCACAACUAUCACAAGAAGCUGGGCGAUUUGUCUUGAGACAAAUAUUAUCUGAUCAAUCUCCUGAAGAAAGAGUAUCAAAUAUUCGUGCUCAGUUGGAAAAACUUAGAGUUGAUUGCGAGGGAAAUAAUAUUCCGUUGGGACUUUUGGCCAUCAGUAAAACAUUAACUAAAGCGCCUCAAGAUUACUCAGAUUCUAAAGCAUUACCACAUGUAGCCAUUGCUCAACGGCUUAACAAACAAAGUAUUAAAUUUAGACAAGGUGAUACUGUAUCAUAUGUGGUUUGUGAAGAUGGAACAAAUUUUGCAUCAAAUCAAAGAGUUUAUCAUAUAGACGAGCUAAAAAAUAAUACUACUUUAAAAAUCGAUUUCAAGUAUUAUUUAUCACAACAAAUACAUCCAGUAAUAAUGAGACUAUGUGCACCAUUAGAAGACAUUGAUGCUAAAAUGAUUGCCGAAUGUCUAGGUCUUGAUCCCACGCAGUACCAAAAUCAAAGGACAAAUGUGAAUUCAAUUGAAGAAAAUGCAAUUGAUUUAGAUGAUGCAACAAGAUUUAGUAGUUGUGAUCCAUUUAAAUUCAAAUGUCUUGGCUGUAAAACCGAAGUAGAAAUAUUUGCACCAGCAAUUAAAACGGCUAAUGGUAAAUUAGAAUUUUCCUUAGAAAACUGUUCUAAUUCAGAAUGUUUUAUUUCACCAUAUAAAUAUAUUGGGAUGAUGGAAAAUACUUUAUGGUCAGCUAUAAGAAAGAAUACGAUAAAGUUUUAUAGGAGCCAUUAUGUAUGUGACAAUAGUACAUGUGAUUAUAAAACCAAAUAUAUACCCCGAACAAGUGAUGAAACUUGUAUGCAAUGUGAAUCAGGAACGCUAAAAAAAGAAUAUUCAGUCUGCCAACUAUUGUUUCAAUUAAGAUAUUACCUGUUUUUAUUUGACAUUGACAAAGUGUUGCUCAGAAACAAGGAAAUACAAUUAUCUGUUGAAGAUCCACUAUAUAUAGCUUAUAGCAGAUUAAAAGCUAAAGUUCAAAAAGUGCUUAAACGUCAUGGUUCCUACUAUGUUCCCAUGAAGCAAUUAUUUGGCCAAUAUUAG